GUGUAAAGUUUCAUUUGCACACGUCUCGAAAGGGGCGGGGAAAGCGUCGCGUGCUCUUUAGUGCUACUAACACAACAGUGUGGGGAAGUGAACAAGGUUUGGCGAAAAUGGACAUGGAUAAGUUGUUUGAACACAUUGACAAGAACCAAGAAAAGUAUGUUAAAAGACUUGCGGACACGGUUGCCAUUCAGAGUGUUUCAGCAUGGCCAGAAAAACGAGGAGAGAUCCGCAAAAUGGUGGAAUGGACAAAAGCUGAGCUAGAGAAACUUGGCGCCAAGUGUUGGUUGGAGGAACUUGGAGACCAGACCCUCCCAGAUGGUUCUAAGAUCCCCCUCCCACCAGUCCUGCUUGGGCAACUUGGUGAAGAUCCUGCCAAGAAAACAAUCCUGGUGUAUGGCCAUCUUGAUGUUCAACCUGCAGAGAAGGAAGAUGGCUGGGACACUGAGCCAUUUGUCCUUACUGAGAAGGAUGGCAAGCUGUACGGGCGGGGAUCUACAGAUGACAAGGGCCCUGUGCUGGACUGGAUCAACUGUAUAGAGGCAAUGCAAGAACUCAAGAUGGACGUCCCAGUCAACAUGAAGUUUUGUUUUGAGGGGAUGGAAGAGUCUGGCUCAGAGGGUUUGGACGAUCUUGUGUUUUCAAAGAAGGACACAUUCCUCAAGGGCACCGACUUUGUGUGCAUCUCAGACAACUACUGGCUGGGGAAGAAGAAGCCGUGCAUCACGUACGGUCUCAGAGGCAUCUGCUAUUUUUUCCUGGAGGUUGAGUGUGCAUCAAAGGAUCUCCAUUCUGGUGUCUUUGGAGGAACAGUUCAUGAGGCCAUGGUGGACCUCGUCGGCCUGUUGGGGACGCUGGUCAACAACAAGGGGGAGAUACUCAUCCCCGGCAUCAACGAGGGCGUGCUCCCUGUCACAGACGAAGAAAGGCAACUCUAUAAACCGAUUGAUUUUGACGUGGAAGACUACAGAAAGGACCUUGGUGCGGAGAAGCUCAUCCAUGCUGAGAAGGAACAAAUCCUUAUGUCCAGAUGGCGCUUCCCUUCUCUCUCUGUACACGGUGUGGAGGGAGCAUUCAGUGGCACGGGAGCCAAGACUGUCAUUCCAAAGAAGGUCAUCGGAAAGUUCUCCAUCCGUAUUGUUCCCGAGCUGGAGCCAGCACAAGUUGAGAAACUGGUUGUAGCUCACCUGGAGAAGGCCCACAAGGAGAGCGGCAGCCCCAACAAGAUGAAAGUGUCCAUGGGCCAUGGUGGCCGGUACUGGCUCAGCGACUUCAACCAUCCCCAUUAUUUGGCUGGCAGACAGGCUAUGAAAAAGGUGUUUGGCGUCGAACCUGACAUGACUCGUGAAGGAGGAAGCAUCCCUGUGACCUUGACCUUCCAAGAGGCGACAGGCAAAAAUGUGAUGUUGUUGCCGAUUGGUGCAUGUGAUGACGGAGCUCACUCCCAGAACGAGAAGAUCAACAGAGAAAACUACAUUAACGGGGUGAAGGUUCUUGGAGCAUAUAUGGAUGAGGUCUCCAAGUUGGCGUGAUGCAGCUCAGACACCUGUACAAUAUCUAGGGGAUAGUCAUGAAGGAGGGAUGUUCGGGUGGUAGGCUCAGGCUUGGGAUCAUCAGCAGUCCUGUUAAUUUGAUUGUUUAAACUUUGCUUUACCUUGCAAGUGGCAGUUACUUACCUGUGUCAGCGUUACAGGUAAUGAUCUUCUCAAUCACAAAAAGACAAAGCUAUCAAUUUGAGAAUGAGCAGCUGUCUGUUGAGAACAGUUCUUUACUUUUUACAAUUGUGGUAUGGGGACUGGUUCUGACGUGUAGACAUGGUUGAUCUGAGCGCUGACACCAUCAUCAACUGCUGUGUCAUGACUAGAUAAUCAGCAACAAUAUGACAGAUGACACCUGCUACUUAGUUCAUGAAGUGAUUAAUAUUUUGUUAUGUUUAUAUCUGAAAUCAAUCAUAUUUUGUGUCAUGUUAUUUCAAAGAAGCUGUUUGUUAUGAGAAAGAUUAAAUCAUGAUAAAAAUUUUUUUUAGUUUUAUGAAAUGUCAAAAAGUCUAGUUAUCAUUGGUAUCAUUAAGUAGUUGUAUAUCGUUUUUACACAAACUACAAAUCCUUUUUUAACUCUGAAGUCUAUAGUGUAAAAUUUUAGAAUAUAUCUGAUUUAUGUAACAAAUUGGAAAUAAAAAGUCUUGAUUCACCAAUAUAGUUAUUCAGAUAGUCAUGUUUAAACAGACCUAGAUGAUAAUAGGCAUAACCAGUCUGAUCAAAUUUUACUGUUGUGUAUGUAAUAUUUAAUUUUCAUUUACUCUU